UGCGUCCCCACCGACCCAGCCCCUCUGCCCACCAUGGCCAAGAGUGGAGAAGUCGCACCCCGGGCCAGCCCUGCCUCCGCCACGGACCCCCACAUCAUCAAGGUGACGGUGAAGACACCUAAGGACAAGGAGGAGUUUGCAGUACAGGACACUUGCACCAUCCAGCAGCUGAAGAAGGACAUCUCUCAGCGCUUCAAGGCCCACCCUGACCAGCUGGUCCUUAUCUUUGCCGGAAAGAUCCUCAAGGACCCAGACUCCCUGGUGCAGUGUGGCAUUUGUGAUGGGAUCACCGUCCACCUAGUCAUCAAGAUGCAGAAACGGGGUGGGGGGCCCGAGUGCCUGGCCCCCGGCCAGCCAGCCCCACCCCCUCCAACCCCUACACCCACACCACCAGUGCCAGUCCACCCCGGUGGGACACACCCCUUCAGCCUGGGUGUCUUCACCGGGCUUAAUGGAUUGGGUCUCACGUCUGGCAGCUUUCCUGACCUGCAGAGCCAGCUCUUGUGGCAGCAUAUAUCUGUGCCUGAGCUGGUGGCCCAGAUCAUCGAUGACCCCUUCAUCCAGGGCCUCCUCUCCAAUACGGGCCUGGUCCGUCAGCUGGUCCUUGAUAAUCCCUACAUGCAGCAACUGAUCCAGCAUAACCCUGAGAUUGGGCACAUCCUCAACAACCCAGAGAUCAUGCGUCAGACCCUAGAAUUCCUGCGUAACCCAGCCAUGAUGCAGGAAAUGAUGCGGAGCCAGGACAGGGCACUCAGUAACCUGGAGAGCAUCCCUGGUGGUUAUAAUGCCUUACGGACCAUGUACACAGAUGUCAUGGACCCCAUGCUAAAUGCAGUGCAGGAGCAGUUUGGUGGGAACCCCUUUGCAGCUGCAGCUGCCACCUCCAGUACCAGCAGUUCGGGAUGUAGUCAGCCCUCUCGGACUGAGAACUGUGACCCCCUCCCCAAUCCCUGGGCCAGCCAGUAUGGGAUUACAGCUGGAGGAGGGGAGCGGCGGCAUGGGGGCCAGGACCCCAGGCAUGUCCCACUCAGAUCAAACUCCCAAGAAGGGUCCCCUGGCUUCCCCAGCAUAGGGCUAGCAGGCUACCUACAGCAGGUCCCUGAUUCCCCACAGGGCCUGGCUACUUACUUGCAGGGGCCAGCAUCCCCUCUGGCUCUCGGCCAAGAGCCUGGUCCAACGACUCUCUCAGGGGACCACAUGCCGCCCACAGUACCCCCAGCCCAGCAGUCUGGGACUAGGCAGUCCUUACCCAAAGAGCCUCUUGCAGUCAAAGCCAAGACCACCUGCCCUGCAUUUCUGAGACCCCCUCCAACUAGUAGCUCUAAUAGGGGGAGUGGCAGGGAAGAAGAUGGCAGUGUGGGCCCCAAGGGCCAUAGUACCAACAUGCCCAGCCUGGUGCCAGGUCUGACAGCCACCAGCGGGGAUGGCUUUAUGACCUCAUCUCCAGCCCCAGUUGCUGGAGCCCCUCAGGCACCAGAGCCUGCAUGGCUGGCUGCGCCAACCUGUGUGAGGUCCCCACGACCAGUCACCCUGGACACCUCCCCUCGGGGUGCCCUACAGUUUCAGGAGGAGAUGCGAAGGCAGCUGCCACUGCUCGUCCACCUCCAAGCAGCCAUGGCAAACCCUCGCGCUUUACAGGCCCUGUUGCAAAUUGAGAAUGGCCUCCAAACCCUGGCCUCUGAGGCUCCCCGACUCCUGCUCUGGUUCACACCUUCCCUGGGGGUCCUGGGGAUCCCUUCAGUCAUUGCCGGGGCUGAGAUGGGUACCUGUCCCCUAAACAAUCCAACAUCAUUGGCAAACCCAGAGGAGCCCCCAGAAACAGCUGCCCGAACUGUGUCCCCAGGGCGAGGCUUAGCUGAGGUAGAACCUCAGUCUGUCCCUUUCCUCCAGAUGUUGCAAGUCCUGAGCACCACCAGCCCCCAGAUGCAGUCAUCACCAUUGCAGCAGCUUGAGGCCCAGUUCCAACCCCAGCUGGAACAGCUGCAAGCCAUGGGUUUCCUCAACCCAGAGGCCAACCUCCAGGCCCUCAUUGCCACAGAGGGUGAUGUGGACAGGGCUGUGGAGAAGCUGAGGGAGUCACAGACAUCCUAA